CACUGAAUGAUGGAUGCUGAAAGCGGACUGCGAGCUCGUAGCUGGUGACCAAGAAGAAGAAAAGAAUAAGUCCAUAUUCCACAUAUGGUGUCCUGGUCGCCAAACCAAAACAAAUACUCUACCGCAGAACAACACAGGGCCGCCGCCAACGGGCCAGUUGCAUACAGCAGCUAUCGCCGAUCUACACCACUCUGCAGCUGCCAUACAUCUAAGGCAAAAUGGACGCUUUCUUGACAAGACUCACCCAGCAGGCAAUGAAUUAUGCCAUUCGCUCGGGAAUCGCCAUAACAGCCAAAUACGCCAUCCGUCAAUCAUCGCGGCUGCUCAAAAAUGUCGAUAACUGCGAGGAGAAAGACGAGCUGCUCACGCUGCAGCACCGCUUAGAAAGCAAGAUCCAGGUCAUCUCUCCUGCCAUCGACAUGAUCGAGCUUAUCGCUGCAAGAGGAAACACGUCGCUAGAGUCAGCAGUCUUCCUCACCAAGUCUCUACGAUGGGACAUACAAGCUCUAGGGCAACGACUAGCAAAAGCUGCGACCUCGGAAGAGCUGUACGCGAGAGGAGCCAACCCGAAUCGCGAUCGCUCGAAGCAGCAGAGAGAAAUCCAACAUAUCAUCCGGGACAUCAAGAAGUUACUUGUCCGGAUCGAAGAUGCGGUACCACUGAUGAAUCUAGCCAUCACGACGUCGGGCGCCAAGCUGUCGACCAACCUACCAUCGACCGUAUCUCCCUCGCGUCUGCUGCAAGCGAGCACGUUCCUGACAGCUGGCGACACCCAGUAUUCCAUGUCACCGUCGCACGCGGUGCAGAUCGGGCCUACGUUCACGCUAUCAAUGUACAUGCUCUUUGCAAGCCACCUACGGCCGCAUGACGAGGACGGCGUACGCGAGGCGACUUGGAAAGAGGUCAUGCACAAGGCUCGACUGAAAGUGCGCCGCGUACCCAUGGACCUGGCGACGAACCCACAACACCAACACAUGCGAAACAUACGCCUCCCCGGGGACGCGCGAGUAGACGAAUUCGCUUACCAGGUGCUCAUAGUCGAGGACCUAGACGACGGACGAGUGCACACCUUCGACGAAGACGAAGCGCAGCCCGAGAACUUCGAAGGAGUCAGCACGGCAGGGCUGCGCGAGAUCCUCCCCAUCCACCAAAUCUCCAAGAUCUUCUACGCGGACACCGGCAAGAUCCUGAACAUCAGCACGGAUGGAGAAACGAACAACCCAGUCCUCCUGCUCAAACGGGACAUCAACGCCAUCCCGCCGCGCCGCAUGCUGGAGCGCGACGAGUCGGAGCUGGGCAACGUGUCCUUCGCAUACGACAGCCAGGACGACGACGAGCCCGACGAGCCCGACGAACUGCAAGCGCAACUCGACGCGCAACUCAACCAUUCACGCAGUGGUGACGGCGACGGCAACGACGACCCCAAGCCCAGCUUCCACGAAGACUCGAUCGCGCCGCAAUGGCGACUACCCAAGGACCUAGACCCAGAAUGGAUCGCAUUCGAAGUGUACAACGAAGAAGAGUCGUCCGACUCUGAAACCUCCGACGCCGAAGCAGAAGACGCAAGCACGUCCGAAGCAAUGGGCAAACUGUCCCUCAACCCUACGCACAAUUCUCCGAUCCCGACCUCCCCAUCCCCAUCCAUCAGACGAUCCAGACGCUCGCCGCGCGCAACCGCAACCGCAACCGCAACCGUCUCCAACCCGCACUUCAACAACAUCCGCACCUCGCUCUCCCUGCUGGAGACGCUCCUCCGGCUGACCUCGCUCCAGCAAUUCCAACAGCAAUCGCACCUCUCCAUCAGCGACGAGCUGCUCAACUUCUUCCUGGAGGAGUCCUCGACGACCGGCGCCGGCGGCGACGAGCAGCACCGCCAGCGGCUGCGCGCCGACGCCCGCCGCCGCGUCGGCUGGGACCCCUACGACGAGAGCCCCGUCAAGCGCCGCGGCGAGGACUACCAGUACGCCUGGGCUGGUCCCGACGACUUCGCCCGCGGCACCACCCCGCUGCGCUACGGCCGCGGCGACGAGUCCGAGUACCCUUUCUCCCCCAGCGACCGCGUCCGCGGCUACCAUCUUCGCUCCCGCGAGGCCACGCCCGAGACGCCCCUGUCGGCUGCUAGCGGGGGGAUGCGGCGGCAUGGUGGGCUGCGCGGUGGUGCCUCGUCGCUGAAUGUCGAGGAGAGAUCGUCCCGCAGAGGGUCGCCGCUGUCGAGACGGUCCACUCCCGUGCCCAGUGUCGAGGAGCCCGAGGGUCGUUCGCCCGUCUGAUUGAUGAAUUGGCGAAGACUUUCGGAUAUGUUUAUUGUUGUCGAACCGUAUGUACAUGAUAGCAUAAUCUAGAUGAUC